AUGUCCUCUUUAAAAGAAUACUUUCUGAAUUUAAAUUUAUUGUCACCAUCAUCCGAUUCCAAUGAACAAGAAAAUGAUCAACAACAUCGAUGGAAUAUUAUUGGUACACGAAUUUAUAUUAUACUUAUUAUACUCAUUCUUUUUAUUAUUGGUCUUAUUUUAUUAUUACUUGAACAACGAGUGAUGGUUACUAUACCAAAUCCAACAAAAGAACAGUUUGAACGUCUACCUAUCAAUGCAAAAUGUUCAUGUUCUCAUAUUUCUAUUCCAUAUGUGAAAUUUAUGUCAUUGAACACAAGUUUUCAUCAAGUUUGUUCAAGUGAUUUUAUUACUGAUCGAUGGAUAAAUGCAAUUGAUUCGAAAACAAAUACAACUUAUUUUGUUGUUACAGACUUUCGACGUUUUGGUAAUGCUCAGUUUCAAGCACUUGCUGCUUAUUGUCGUUUGUCAAAUUGGUAUACUGCUCAAAGUGUUUAUGCAGUUCUUCAAAAUACAUUGCUAAGUCCACAAAUCUUAUCAGAAACAGAUCUGCAGUCACUGAUCAAAACAAUAAUUGAACAAUUCAAACUAAAAACACCAAAUACUUUUAAUACUCAACUAAAAUUAAUCAUCAAAAUGACAAUCGCCAAUGAAUUAAUACCUGCAGUACUGACUAGCCGCUAUUUCGAAAAUAUGGACACGGAUAUUCGUUUAUAUAUAUAUCAGUACCAACCGACGAAUGAUUCUGAGUGUGAUUGCAGUCUAAACAAUUGUAAUCAAAUAGAGUCAGGUAUUGUCAAUAAAUUUGAAAAACAAUAUGUAGAUAAUAACAUGAAUAAUAGUUUGGCAUGGUCGAUACCAGGAAUCUUAACAGGUUGUUUCCCAGGAUUUACACUUCUGUCAUCGACACUUGAAUGUUUUUACAAUCAAACAUGUGUAAACAAACUUAUUUCAUAUUUUCCAACAAGUAACAAUUUCACCGCGAUGAUUAUAAAUAAUGAAAGUUUAUAUAAACCAACAUCUACUGUCCAAUCAAUAAUUGAUAAUUUGAUGAUUGAAGAUUGGACAACGAGUAUUUCUCAUGAUAAAUAUUAUUCAGAGUGUGCACCAUCUUCAUGCACUUAUUUGAAAAAAUUUCGACGAGAUUUUGGUCAUGUCUUGAAAAAAUUGAUUAGUUUAUUGUCUAGUUUGACAUUAAUACUGGGAUUAAUAAUUCCGUUUGUUAUUCGAUUCGUUAUGAAACGACGAGAUCGAACACCAAAACCACGAAUUUCUUUGAAAAAUCGUUUAUAUCAAUUGAAAGAAAUGAUUCAAAAGAAAUUAAUUGAAUUAAACAUUUUCAAACAAUCUUCUAAUACAGAUCGACAAACGAAAUUUCAACGUUAUGGAACACGAUUGUAUUUAUUUUUUCUCAUUGGUUCAAUGAUAAUUAUAACUAUUUAUGUAUUUUUACAAAAAUCAAUUCAAUCAAAAACGAUUUUUUAUCCUACUGAAUCUCAGUUUACCCAACUACAAGAAAAAUAUCCUCGAUCAUUGUCAUGUCCAUGUAGUUCAGUAUCAAUACCUUAUUCAAAUUUUACAACUAUUGAACCACAAUAUCAUCAAUUAUGUGGAAGCGAUCUCAUUUCUAAAGAAUGGAUUGCUUACAUAAAGGAAAGUGCCCAUGCAAAUGGUAUUUAUAACUGGGAUUAUCGAAUAAUUGCUACUAAGUAUUUUGAAUUGUUAUCAUUAUUUUGUGAACAAGCUAAAGAAAUCAUUGUUAAUGCACGUGAGAUUUUUCUCAGAACAGAACUCGUUAGUUUACAAGUUCUUGCAAAAGAUUCGUUUGAGAAUCAAAUAAAUUCAUCGAUUGAAGGUUGGAAAUUAACAACGACAAAUACUUUUAAAAGAACUAUUCAAUUAAUUCGACAAAUUUAUCAGGGAAAUCAAUUGAUUAGUAGUACACAUACCGGUUAUUUUUGGACAGAUGAAAAUUUAGAAGUAUAUGGAGAGUCAAAAACACUCCAAAAUUGUGACUGUAUUUUAAAUUUAUCCUGUUAUCUUACUGUUCGACUUUAUCGUCUCAUUCCAGAUGGUGGAUACUUCGGUGAUCAAUAUCUAGUUUCGAAUUUGUUUUAUAGUUGUUAUCCAAUUCAAUCAUUAUUUGGAUCAACAUUAGAAUGUUUUUAUAAUCUAUCAUGUAUGUUAGAAAUUGAUGAACAUAUGAAUUAUUCAAUACCUUUCAAUUUUUCUGCUCUUGAUCCAGAUUUGAGUAAAUAUGAUGAAAAAAUUGAAAUGAUUAUUAAUCGAUUAAUGGUUGAUAAAUGGUUACCAAAUGUUUCUUUUUUAUCAUAUUAUAAAAAAUGUGCACCAUUAUCAUGUACUUAUCAAUAUGAUGGUCGAAAUAAUAUUUUCAUUAGUAUUACAACUAUUAUAAGUAUUUUUGGUGGUUUAUCACUUGCAUUGAAACUUUUAAUUAUGUUUAGUCUUGAAUUUAUUAAUAAAAUUUGUUCAAAUAAUUUCUUUCAUUUAAUUCCAUUCAAUUUCAUUAAACAAAUCUUUAUUUGUCAUACUGAAAAUCAAAUUAUUCGGCGAUUACAUGUCAUUUUAGUUAUUGGAAUUCUUACUACAUUUUCUAUGUUUUCAACUAUUACUCCUCGUGUAAUAACUAUUACAACGAAUAAACCUUCAUUAGAAAUCUAUGAAUAUUUAUAUAAAGAUCAUAAUGAUACAUUGGAAUGUCCAUGUUUACAAUCAUCAAUGAAAUAUAAAUCAUUUUUAAAUUUAACAACUCGUUUUCAUGAAAUAUGUUCAAGUGAAUUUAUUACCGAUCGAUGGUUUUUAUAUUUACAUGGCAAAAGACAUAAUGAUAAACGACAUUCACCAUAUGAUUUUUAUAAUUCAGCUGUUGGUCAAUUUAAAAUACUUUCCUCAUUUUGUGAUUUAUCAAAAGAAACAGUUUCUGAAUCAAUUAUUCAAUUAGAAACAACGGAUUUUAUUAAUAAUCAACUUUUAUCAUUAGAUAUCUUAAAUAAUACAAUUGAAAUGUUUAUUAAUGGAUUUCGACAAACAAUAACACAAUCAUUUGUCAAUAGUAUUUCAUUAGUUCGAGAAACAAUUAGUAGUAAUAUGUUCAUGACUAUAUAUCUAAGUAAUUGGGAGUUUGAUCGUAUAGAUCCUGACAAUAACAGCAUUAUUCCUAUGCUUCCCUUAAAUUAUAAGGGAUGUAGUUGUUCAUCAUCAUCUAAAUGCGUUAGUUCAUCUCAUGGAAUGUUAGUUGGUUGUUAUCCACUUGAAUCAAUAUUUCAAACAACAUUAGAUUGUUUUUAUAAUCAAACUUGUAUUGAUUCAACAAAUAAUUUCAAAUCAAUAAAUUUUUCAUCAUUAGAAACAAGUCGUUUUUUAUUAAAUCAAACAAUUGAAUCAGUUGUCAAUGAAUUAAUGCUCGAAGAAUUAAAAUUUGAAAUAAACUAUCCAAAUUAUUUUAAUGCAUGUUCAUCAUCAUUAUGUAUUUAUUCAUAUGUUGAUAAAAGGAAUGCUAUUGAAGGAUUAUUGACAUUAAUUGGUUUAUAUGGUGGUUUAGUUAUUAUUUGUCGAUUAAUUGCUAUUAUUAUUGUCAAAAAAAUGUGUCGAAUGAAUAGUAGAGUUAAUCCGGUUACAAAUUUAUCUUAA